GUACCUGAGAUGAAGAUCGGCAAUGGGAGAUGCAGAUGUGCGUCCUAGAUAAGUGAGAUCCGAAGAAGAAGAACCGUGGAAGAAAGAAAAAAAACAGAAAGAGGAGAAGGGAUCGAGAUGGAGCAGAACGAGAAUAGCUCCCAAGUUUCGGCCUCCUCCUCCCUUCGCCGAACAGCAGCGCCGCCGCCCCUCCUCCUCCUUCUCUCGGUCGGCAGCUCCUCCUCUACAAUGACCGACAAUGAGGUCACAUCUCAAUCCUCCAGCCCAAAAUCUCCACAUCUCGCUUUCUCCGUCUCAAAUGUCAAACUUCAUGUUCCCAUUCAACUCAGUUUUUCUCAACCAAACUAUAAAAAGUGGAGCCACUUGUUCCUCCUUCUCGCACGGCGGUUCAAUCUCCAUGGCUAUCUCAACGGCUCUAUUGCUCCCACCGACGACGACGACGAAUUGUUCCAACUUGAUGCUAUUCUCCAGGGAUGGAUUCUCUCCACCAUCACAGAUGAGGUGUCUGAUCUCGUUCUCUCUUCUGUCUCUAUUGCAUCUGCCCUCUGGAAGCUGCUUCAUGAUUUGUUUCACGACAAUAAGCAUGCUCGAGCCAUGCAACUUGAGCAUCAUUUUCGCACCACUGUCAAAGGAUCUACCCCCAUGGCUGCAUAUUGUCAAGAGCUCAGGAAUAUUGAGGAUUGGUUAGAUGACGUUGAUGCCCCCGUGUCUGAGCACCAACUAAUACUCCAGAUGUUGCGCGGCCUCCCCGACGAUCUACAAGCCCAAACCUCGUUUCUCUAAUUUCAGGAUCCUUUGUCUAGUUUUCU